CUCACAACCACACCCGGAUGUUAGCUACAACGCCAGUGGUUGGAGAGUGAAAGAUGCAGACCAUAAAGUGUGUGGUAGUAGGUGAUGGUGCAGUGGGGAAGACCUGCUUAUUGAUUUCCUACACAACGAACAAAUUCCCUUCGGAGUAUGUGCCUACGGUAUUUGAUAAUUAUGCUGUCACUGUCAUGAUUGGAGGAGAGCCAUAUACACUUGGACUGUUUGAUACAGCAGGUCAGGAAGACUAUGACAGACUUCGCCCUCUUAGUUACCCCCAGACAGAUGUUUUCCUUGUGUGCUUCUCUGUUGUCUCGCCUUCCUCAUUUGAGAAUGUCAGAGAAAAGUGGGUACCAGAGAUCUCACACCACUGUCCCAGAACUCCAUUCCUGCUGGUAGGUACGCAGGUGGAUUUGAGAGACGACAGUAACACUGUGGAGAAGCUCGCCAAGAACAAACAGCGCCCCUUGUCGCCAGAAAGUGGAGACAAAUUGGCCAGAGACCUCAGAGCAGUGAAAUAUGUAGAGUGCUCUGCCCUCACACAGAGAGGUUUAAAGAAUGUAUUUGAUGAGGCCAUCUUAGCUGCCCUGGAGCCUCCUGAAACCAAACCCAAGAAGCGCUGCAUUCUCUUAUAGAGGAAAACAACAUCGAGAGAGAGAGAAUUAUGGAAUUUGGGAACAAGUCGAAAGGAAGGGGAUCAUUAUGAGGCAUUCAGAAAGUGCCUUUAGUUUUACAGAAUUAACAGAGUGGUUUGUGUGGUAACAUGUUAUCUAUAUGUUUCCAACUAAUCCCUCUUGAUAAGACCUGUAUACAAAAUAAACAUUCAAUGCCUUAUAAAAUCAUAAAAAUAUAAGAUGGCUGGCAGGGUUUUCACUUUAGUUUGUUCUUUUUAGGUCCAUCCGUUUGCCAUAACUAACAAAACCCACAACUACUAGAAUAGUUUGAUUGUCUUUAUUUGGAUGCACAGCCCUGGAUUUAACUCUUAAAUGGCUCUGCCAUUUAAAGAAAAAAAUGACCAAAUGAUCAGUUCUUGUACUCUACCAGUCGUCUGCUUUGUUGCAACUGGAAAUCAAAGGUUACCUCCUUCCAACCCACUACAGGCCACUAGAAUGAACUGAAUGGUGUUUACUUGUUUGUUUUUUGUUUUUCUAGUCUGGUAAUAAUGACAACACUGUGUAACAGUGAAUGUUUUAUGAUUUUUGAAAUGUUUUUCUGGGGAUUGGGUGUUUAGCAGCUUGGGGGUGGGGGGGGGGCAGAGUUUUAAUAGUUUGAUCUCCUUUGUUGUAUUGUUCCUUGAAUGCCACUUCAUCUCUUUGGUUGGUGUUUUUUACUUUGUCAGUAGUACAGUCUUUUUGUCAGUAGUAAUGAUAAUAAUUAGUGUCAGUAGUAAUGAUAAUAAAAGCAAUAAUAAUUCCCAUUGAUGAUAAUGCAGGAUGUGGAAUUGAUGCCAGAGUUGAAUUAUAAAACUGACUUAAAAUAAAAUGAAUAAAUAGAUGUGUUUUUAACACACAUUUUGUAGGGCACACUGUCUAUCCAAACUGAAUUGAUUAACUAUCCCAAAUAAUUUCCCCCCACCCCAACCCAUCAUUUCAUGAUUAUGAUUUUAAAUAUCAAAUGAUUUUUCUCACUG